UUCUGUAACUCUGGGAGCUGCUUGGAGGUUCCUGGACAAUUCCAAAGGGUUUGGAAUGUGACCUUUCUGUUCUCUCCUGGCUCCUGAAGAAAUCCUAGGAGGUGCAGACACCCCCUAUGAGAAGGGAAUAUUCAACCUGGAGAUCAUCGUUCCUGAGAGGUACCCCUUUGAGCCCCCCAAAAUCCGCUUCCUGACCCCCAUCUACCACCCCAACAUCGACUCUGCGGGCAGGAUUUGCCUGGAUGUUCUCAAGUUACCCCCCAAGGGUGCCUGGAGGCCCUCCCUGAGCAUCUCCACCCUGCUGAGCUCCAUCCAGCUGCUGAUGGCGGAGCCCAACCCCGACGACCCUCUCAUGGCUGACAUUUCCUCAGAGUACAAGUACAACAAGCAGCUGUUCCUGCUCCGCGCCCGGGAGUGGACGGAGAGGCACGCGGGGCAGGGCAGGGCUCCUGAGCCUUUGGAAGAGAAAAACACCCCCAGGGAAAGGAGCCCCAGCAGUGAAUCCUCUGGGCACAAGAGGAAAGGCAGCAGCAUCAGCAGGAAGGAGAAGAAACCCUGCCCAGAUUCCUGAUCCCUGAGGGGGGGUUGUUCCCUCGGGAUUGUCACUGUUCCCUCACACAGGGACAGGGGGUUCUGCCCCUGAAGGGCUGCAGCACUUUGGGUUUCUGCU